AAUUUAUAACCCAAAUGUCAAACGCAUUUUAUCAUUUACUUUUUGUUGAUUAACAAGCUUUUAGUUUGUGGAUUGUGAUUUUAUUAAAUAAAUCGUAAUGAUGGCUGAGGACACGACGGCAGAUGCCACAAGGCGAUUAAAUGUUAAAAAACAGACAUUAGAUGAUGCGUAUGCUGCGCCGGCGAAUUUUCUUGAGAUCGACGUGGUAAACCCUGUAACGACCAUGGGUGUUGGGAAAAAACGUUAUACGGAUUACGAAGUACGCAUGAGGACGAACCUUCCUGUGUUCAAAGUGAAAGAAUCCAGUGUUAGGCGGCGAUACAGUGACUUUGAAUGGUUAAGAAAUGAACUUGAAAGGGAUAGUAAGAUUGUAGUUCCACCUUUACCUGGCAAAGCAUUAAAAAGACAACUACCAUUCCGGAGUGAUGAUGGUAUUUUUGAAGAAGAAUUUAUUGAAGACCGUAGAAAAGGUCUAGAAGGCUUUAUAAAUAAAAUAGCUGGUCACCCCCUGGCACAGAAUGAGCGUUGUCUUCACAUGUUUUUACAAGAUGUUACAAUCGAUCGCAACUAUGUACCAGGCAAGAUUCGUAACACAUAACCAAUUAAAUUACUACUACUGUAAAACAAUUCUCCUUUUCUUAUAGCAAAUGCCACCAACUUCCAAAGUUAACUUUAGUUGAAUUGAAAUUGAAUAGCCAAGUUGAAUUGACAAACAAUAAAUUUAACCAGGGUCGUCCCGUUUAUUGGUUCUACAAUGAGAUAAUUCAAUAACUAUAUUGAAUAAUGGUUCAUAAUUUAAAUCAUUCAUUCUAUAUAGUUCAGAUUAAACUAUUUAUUAAAGAACGGAAGUUCUUGUAAGACCAUUUCUAAAUCAUUUGAUAAACAACUUCAUUUAUUUAACUAGAAGUAACUAAACUAUUUCAACUUGUCUAAUAAAAGAGAUAUGUAGUUAAUAUUUUGAGGCCUUAACUAUCAACCUCUAAGAAUAAUAUUUAUUUGGUGUGAGAGUCAGUGUGUGUGGCUAUAGAGUAAUUUUGUAUAGAUACUAAUAUAAAAUUAGGGUUUUUGUUUUAAUUUCAUGCAAAACAUUUCAAUUAAUAACAAUUUGCAGGUUAACGCUAAUUUUAAAUAUUAAAAUUAUGGCUAUUAAAGAAAUUCUCAAUUAAGUGCUGAAAAUUGUUUACGCUCGAAAUUUAGGAGAAUUGUUUUACAAGUAACCGUCCUAAACCAGGGUUGCCAAAAAUCUAAAAAUUUUGCUCUGUAUUAUCAUAUAAGAGAUGAGUAAUUGAAGCAAGGGAAUAUUUAUAACCAGUAUCCAGAAAUGACUUGUAUGGCAACCCUAAAGUAUGCAAGCAGGAAAUGCAUAAUAUCAUUGUAAUACAAUAUUGUAACUUAUUUCAUUCCACAUUUAUUCGCCACAUAUUUAGCUGUUAAAUCAUGUUAAUUUUACAUUUGAAGCUAUGUAGACAUGUUUAUAAUCAGAUCAAGUUAUAUACCUUAAAGAUGGAGUUCACUUACACUAAAUGUCAAAACUCAAAAUCUCUAAAACCAAAAACUAUCUAGAAGAAACUUGUCAUUUAUUUUGCCAAGAUUCACAAUCGGAUAUUAAAGCAUUCUAUUGGGGUUUGCACCUUGUCUAUGGACUUUAUCCUUAAUGUAUAUCAUAAUUAUAAAACAAAACAUACUAUGUCUACUUACGCUUAAAGAGGGACUGAUGCUAAAAUAGUCUUCAUUGAUGUUUGUCGUAUAUUAGUUUUGUUAGCCAUUUUGUAUCUCGUCCCAAACGAUUUUGUAAAGAACUAGUUGAAAAGGUCUCUCAAAAGUGUAUUUUAGAACAAAAAUUAUAUUAAGAUAAGUGUCGAUAAGCAAUAUGGUAUUGUUAAUAUUGUUGUAAAGGUACGCCAGUGAGUCGCCACUACAAUUAAAAAAAAACAAAUGUAUUUGCGUAAAAUCGCUGCAUUUUUAUCAAAUAUUUAAAGAUAAUAUAUAGGUCUUAAGCUUUAGGUUUCUAUGCAUAAAAUAUUGAAAAUAUUAACUUUAUUUUCUGUAGGUAAACAUUAAGGUACGGCGUUAAGUUGCGAGAGCUUGCCAAGUUGUUUUUACUUUAUGUUAUGUUUUUAUAAAUAUUGUUUUUUAUUUAUAAAAAUACAAUCAAAUUACGAAUUUUAGCUAAAGCUCGCUCGUGAAAAUUCUUUAAACUUAUAAGAGGAACUUAGGCUAUGUUCAGAUGGCAAAAACUUGACGCGCGUUUUCAAAUCGCGCGACUAGACAUUGUGGUAUUUUCAUACAACUGUUCACAUGAGCGCGCGUUAACGGCGCUAAGAGAAAAAGUCUCUAGACGCAGGUGAUCGCGCGUUGACGCGCGCUUUGAUAUUAAUGUAAUGUCCGUUUGCUGUUCAGAUGAGCGCGCGCUUUCAUCGCGAUCGCAUGUAAUUUUGUUAAUUU